AUGUUGCUUCUCAGCACCCCUGACAAUGACGCCCUGGAGCCAUUAGCCGGCAAAGCUAUAUUAUCAUUUCUCCAUCUACCGAUCGAGAUACAAGAUCUGAUCCUACGCUUUGCUGUCACGGAAGAUCAUCCGAUCAUCAUGGAUUCCUCCUUCAUCUCCCCUAAUGGCGUUACUGUGGAACAAUCACGACCGAGCAAACCCCUCAACGGACAGGCCCAUCAAAGAGCUGCCAGCCGUCAUCCUACAAUUUUACCUCCAAUCACCCUCGUCAACCGCCGUCUCCGCAAUCGCUCCCUCCCCUUCUUCUACCGCCACAACACCUUCGUCCUCGUCAUCCGCCACACCGAAGCCGCUCACAGGCAACACCACCUUACCUCUCCACCGCCGGCGCGAUCCACGCAGCCAUCACACAUCAAAGACAAAUCGCCCCCCGAAACCUACAGACCCUCCUCUCCACUACACAGCCGCCCGCCUCUUCCAGACAUCCCCUCCAUCCGCUUCAUCCGACAAAUCGAGACCGACGCCGUGAUGCGACGAAAUCUCCACCAUAUCCGCAUCCGCCACAUCUUCCGACGGGUAGAUUUUGAGGUGGAAUUCGAAUGCUUCGUACCGAAAUCCUCGAAUGUGCCUCCAUCAGCACCGCCCAUUCCCCCGCCGGCACCACCACCAUCAUCACCAUCAUCUCCGCCCCGCCCGAUCCACGACCCCGACCACAACGGAUCCCUGAAUUACCGCAUUACCCGCGUCCUCCCGCACAGCGCGGACGGCUGGGUGUACGGCUACGUGCGGCGCGCGAGGCUGUUCCUGAUGCUGUACAACCGCCCGGAUCGCGGCCGCGCGCGGGGAGAGGCCGGUCCGGCGGGCGGUUAUUCGACGGGGCAAGGAGCGGCGGAAACGGGGAAUGCGCUGGAGAUGAGGAGCGCGGACGGGGAUCGCCCGGGUGCUUCUACUUCUCCUUCUUCUUCUUCUUCUUCUUCUUCUUCUUUUUCUUUUUCUUCUACUCCGUGGAGGAAAUUGGUUGAUGUCAAGGGCUUGGUGCGGUAUGAUUGGAAUGUGAGAUGA